AUGGUAGAAGUUGAUUGCCAGACUGUCACUGGCAUUGAAUACUUCAGUUCUGGCGAGGUUGUCACCUGUGAUGUUGAUCAGGGGCUCAUCUGCAACAAUGUAGAUAACGAGCCAGUCCCAUGCAACGACUACAAAAUCCGCUACAGAUGUGAAUGUCUCCAGCAACCUACUGCGCAGCCAACUGGUACAUCAGGCGAAUCACCUUCUGCUUCACCACCAAGCAUUAGUGGACAAACGCCAUCCAUUUCUCCGACAGCUCAAACUGGAGGCACACCGACUCCGGCUCCUGGUAGAUGCACACCUGGAUGGACCACUUGGAUCAACACACCCUCAACAAACGACGGUGACCGCGAGCAACUAACAACCGAACAGAAACAACAACUGUGUCCUAAUGGCAAGAUGGUAGAAGUUGAUUGCCAGACUGUCACUGGCAUUGAAUACUUCAGUUCUGGCGAGGUUGUCACCUGUGAUGUUGAUCAGGGGCUCAUCUGCAACAAUGUAGAUAACGAGCCAGUCCCAUGCAACGACUACAAAAUCCGAUACAGAUGUGAAUGUAUUGAAACACCAACCACACAGCCAGUUACUCAGACCCCAGCUGUAACCCAGCCAACUGGUUCUACUUGUAUUUCCGGCUGGUCAGCUUGGAUUAAUCGCGACAAACCAACUACAGGUGAUGGUGAUAUGGAAAAGUUGACAGACAGUGAGCUCGUGCAGUUCUGUGGUGUCGGAGGAAAGAUAACAGAAAUCGACUGUCAGACUGCAAGUGGCAUCGAAUACUUUAGUUCGGGCGAGGUUCUUGUCUGCGAUCUUACGCAGGGUUUACAUGCAAGAACUCAGACAACUUCCCAGUCGACUGUAGCGACUAUCAAGUCCGGUACAGAUGUGACUGUGGCGAGACGCCUACUCAGGCUCCAGUGA